UUUUUAUUUUGGCCUUAAGCAAUGCAAGCAGGUUUAUUUCUGUUGUUAACGAAGGAAAUAGUUUACCUAACUAGAAAUUCCCUGUUCCACUUAGCUUGAGCCUGUUCUGAGUGUCACUGUUUUGAUUUCUAAAAUAAAUCCUUUAUAAGGUUUUAAUAAUUAUCCUUAAAUACCGUAAGAUGGUUUUUUUUACAUAAAAACAAGUGACAGCCCACCUCCCAUUUCCAUAUAUUAACUUCUUAAUAAAAGGAAUAUAGUUAAGAAUGCCACUUAAAGCAUAAUUUUUCCAUCUUUUUUCUAUCUUCCUCUUUCUCUCAACAGCCCACCCCAACCACUUCCUUCCCCCAUUGCAACUACAAAUGGCUGCUGCUGCUGCUACUACUCACACACACACACAUACACACACACACACACACACACACACACACACACACACACACAAUGUUGACUCACGAUAGCAGAAGAGGUUUGUUCUGGUCCAGUGUAUGUCUUUGGUUCAGACAAGCAUUAUAAGAUAUUAUAAGCAUACACACUCAUCUAAGUGUAAACCUCAGACCAAAAGAAAAGAAAGGAUUCUUUAUUUCCUGAUGCUCAUUGAUAAUAUAUAUCAAUGGGUAAUUAUAAUACUUUAUAAUCUUUAAGAGUUAUUAUAUAGUGGAAAUGCUAUGGCGUUCAGAUGCUGGCUUCAUGUCAGCCACUUACUAGCUGAGUGUUCAAGUUAAUUAACUUCUUCAGAUCCACAUCUAAUAAAAUGAGCACAGCAUAGAUUCUUAAGAAAUGCUAAUUGCCUUACAUAUACUACCUCUCCAGUUCCUACCCACCGCCCCCUUUUUGUGUGUGUGACAUUUGUUGUAGAUGAUGAUGAUGAUGUUUUCUGAUGAGCCCUGGAAUUCACUGGUAUUAUUUUUUACUUAUUUUUUUUUAGAGAGCACGAGAGGAGGUGGGGAGAGAGAGAGAAUGAGAAUUAUCUUAAGCAGGCCCAUGCUCAGUACGGAGCCCGAUUCGGCUCGAUCCCACAACCCUGGAUCAUGACCUGAGCCAAAAUAAGAGUUGGACACUCAGCUGACUGAGCCACCCAGGCGCCUGAGGAAUUCACUGGUAUUCUAACACAGAUUGCCAAAGAGCAAGUUUAAUCAGGAUCCUGUGCAGCAAUACCAGAAUAUCUAAAUGGUACAUACUGUGAAAAUAUUGGUUUCAUGACUAUAAAAAACUCCUAUCAGAUUUAGUCAUUACCAUUUAUGAGGACUGUGUGACUGUCUUGUGAAAGGUGUUGCUCCUUAGUCCAUUUUACAAAGAUUGAUAAAAAUAUGAGGAAGAAACCUUGUUUAAGAAGCACCUUGUUACCAAACUUGUAAGAAAGACAUUACUUUAAUAUGUCAUUUUGUCUUAGGAAAUAAUCAGUCUGAUUUUAAAACAAUAUAUGAAAACAAACUAAUGUGGCCAAGAAAUGUUCUUAGUUCUUUGUUUCAAAUUGAUGUUGAAACUGAAGCAAAUGAAGCCACAUCAUUUUUGGAGCAAUUGUUGCUCUUGAUAGCACAAGGGCAAACACACAUAGAACCAAGCUCUUGGAAUCUGCUGAAGAAAUUAUGUAAGAAAAUUAGAAGUCCGCAAGCCAGCUGAAUUGUAGAAAAAGAAAUAGACAAUCCAGGAGAAACUGGAUAAUGUAAAAUGCUUAAAAGCUUUCAGAAGUUUUAUGGGGCACCUGGGUGGCUCAUUUGGUUAAGUGUCCUACUUCAGCUCAAGUCAUGAUCUCACAGUUCAUGAGUUUGAGCCCCAUGUAGGGCUCUGUGCUGACAGCUCAGAGCCUGGAACCUGCUUAGGAUUCUGUGUCUCCCUCUCUGUCUGCCCACUGACCUGCUUACACUCUGUCUCUGGCUCUCAAAAAGUGAAUAAACGUUAAAAAAUUAAAAUUAAAAAAAAAAAGCUUUCAGAAGUCUGGGAUAGAAUCCUACUUUUUACAUCGCAGUGAUUGCACAGCAAUGCAUGAACUCUGAUUUAUUUCUUUUGUCAGUUACUGGUUAUCAUUCUUUAUUUGAACCUACAUGAGGUGUCUACUUUAUCUUAAGUGUUAGCCUACAAUGGGAAAUGUUAAAAACUGGAUGGAAAUAUUGCUCAACAAAUUAAAAUCCAAUUAAAGUAGCUAUGCUUCAGUUUCUGGAAGAGUGUUCGGUUUAUCAGUUAAUUCAUUCAGCACUUAUUAAGUGUCUAUUUUGUGUAGUGGCUAUAGCAGAAAUGGAGUCCUUAUCCUGCAGAUCUUAUAUUCCAGUACGGAAAUAAUAUAUAGGUUCAAAUAAUAAUAAAACUGGGGCAGGGUGGGGGGGUAUAAAUAAUAUUAGAGAUGCAUAGGGCUGUACAAAUUGAAAAGGGAAAAUAAAUUUCUUUUAACUGGCCAAAGCCUGAUGUAUGCAUGGAAUUUUUCCAGAAGAAAAUGGAACGGGAAAUAUUCCAGACAGGGAACAGCAUGAACACAUGUUUGGGGUAGAAGAGUUUAGAGCAGAUUAAGAAAUAGUGUCCAGGUUUGUCUGGAGUGAUUUCUUUAAGAAGUAUAAGCAGAUGAACUGGAGGGGUAGAUUGAGGUUAAUUGGUGGAGAGUCUUAGUCAUUAUGUUAAAGAAUUGGGGUUCAUCAAAAAGAUGGUUUGGAGGUAAUGAAGGUUUCUAGCAGAAGAGUGAGUGAGCAGAUUACAAUCCCAGUAGGAAACUCCCUGACAGUGAAAUGUAUGCAUUGGAGAUCUUGGAGAUCAGGUGAAUGGAGGCAGAAGGAUCAUUCUCAUACUGCAAAUGACCAAGGUCAGGUAAUUAAAGAGACAGGACAGUCAACAGCUUGAAGGAGAGGCGAGGGAGGAGGAAUAAAGAUGACUCACUCUUUGAAUCUGAUUCAUAAAGAGAAUAACAACGUCAUUAACAAGAGGGGCCAGGAGGAGGAGAAAUUUGGGGAUAAGAUAAUAUGAGGCCUUGGAAGUGUUGAUUAGGAUAAUAGUACUAAUAAUGAUUUAGCACUUAGUGAUUUGCCAGGCACUAUUCUUCAUGUUUUACGUAUGUGAUCUCAUUUAUUCUUCAGAGCAACUUCAGAGCUUUUUAUAUAGCCUGCCCAAGUUUACACUGCUCAUCUGUUGUAGAGUCUGGAUCCAAUCCCCAGGAGCGUAUUUCCAGAGCACAGCUUAUUAAGCCCUAAUAAAAUGUCUGUACUGAAUGGUGCUGGGCUAGAAAGCAAGGUGUGGAGGGGAUAAGAGAGAAGGAAGGACAAAUGAAAUAAAAGGAGAAUGGAGUAAUCAAGGACAUGUGGGGAAUCCCCAGGAAAGAUUACAGGGAACCAGAAACUUUCAGAAAACCAAAGGUGGAUGUUUCUGGAAAGUUAAGAGUAGAGAUUUAACAGUCCAAAGAGUAUUGGUGGCCUUAAAGCAGUUUCAGAAAAGUGGUGAAGUCCCACGUCCGUUGGCAUGGGGUGGGGGAGUCAGUAACUUAUGCAGAAGUGGGAACAGCAGAGGUAGGUUUUGGGGAAGUCUGUCAGUGGGAGGAGGGGAAAAUAGCACUGCAGCACCAGCAGGAAAGGCAGAUGAGGAAAACAUUUUAAGGCUAGGGGAUACUUACUCAGGUUCCUAUUGGAAGGGGGACAGAUUUAAGAUCUAGGAGAGAUCAGGUUUCUUCCAGAGAAAGGAGGAAAUGAAGAGAUCCAAAAGGUAGAUAAGAAAUUGGAGUCCUGUGAAUGAGACCUUUUCUGCUAGACUAGGAAGAAGUCAAAUAGAGGAAGGCAAGAUUGUGUGUGUGUUUGUGUGUGUGUUGUGUGUGUUGUGUAUAUAUGGACAGCGGGGGUGCACUUAAACCCAUAAGGGUAACAGGGAAGAACAAAGGUAAUGACUCGCAUUUGAUGAUCUUGGCUUCCUCAAUAAAUUUAGGAGGCGAGGCAGUUACUGACUGAGAGAGGUUCAGAUUUGUGGCAGUGAAGAUUUGUAGCAGUUUCUAUGGGGAUGGAGUGAAAAAUCAUUUAAAGAUAAGUAAAAAGGUUGCCACACAGUAUCGAGGUUCAUGCUGAGGUUAAAUAGCAUGAAUUUUUAGUGUCACUAGUUGCCAGGGUUAUGUGACUUUCUUUUGCAAUGUUUUAGCGGUCUGGCAGUAGAAAACCCAGCUGGCAGGAUUUAGAGAGGGUGAAGAAGCGGAGGAUGCUAGUGAGCCCAUUUUAGAAAUAACUAAAUGCUGAGGAGAGCCAGGAAUGUGCCUUUUUUUUAAAGCUGCAUGCCAGUUGGUUUGGGUGCAGGUUACACUCUACAGACAGAACAGUUGUUGCUGAAGAGAAGGCUAAGGAAGAGAGGGAGGAGUGGGGGAGGCAGAAGCGUGGGAGGUAAGUGAUGAACAGUAGGGCUAAGUGUGGAGCAGAUGCAGUCAGGAUAUCAGUGUUUGGGGAGUUAGAACUGGCAGAGUCCAGGGAAUGAGACUCCUGCUGCCCGACCUGAAGAACUGAUACAAGGAUGUUAGGAAUAGAAAUAGCAAAGUAUUUAAGUGAUCAAGGACUUUGGCAGUGGGUGUGGUAGAGAGAAAGAGCUGCAGUCCAGGUAUAAAUUCAUCAAUGAUCAUCAAGUAAUGCCCAGAAAAUAGACCGAGAGCCCAAAAGAGGAGGAAUUGUUAUAAAUAAUAGAAACUUGAAAAGGCAUGUAAUUGUGGAGUUCUCAUGUUCGGUAAUUUUUAAAAAUAACCACUGAUGUCUCACUAGCAAUAUGGCAUGUUAGAGGAAUACUGAUAUGAAGACUUAAUUUAUAAGGAAACAUAGGUGGAAUCAUAGGUUAAAAUAUGAAUGCCCCUGUUCUUUUUUUUUAAAUAUGAAAUUUAUUGUCAAAUCCAUACAACACCCAGUGCUCAUCCCAACAGCUGCCCCCCUCAAUGCCCAACGCCCCUGUUCUUCAAUGUUUUAUCUCUAGUAUAUAUUAAAUGCAAAUUGUAGUUUGAGUUACAGCUUAUGUUUAUGAUGCUAGGUCCUUUAUUAUCGAACUCCUUUUAGCCAUAUAGUAUUGAUGUGUUCAUAAAACUGAGAAAAGACAAAAUAUUACUUCAUUUGAACUUCAACUACAGUUGGCCCUUGAACAAUAUAAGAGUUAGGGACGCCAAUCCCUGUGCAGUCAAAACACCAUGCACAACUUUUGACUCCACAAAAACUUAACUACUAAUGACCUACUGUUGACUGGAAGCCUUAUCGAUGAUGUAAACAGUCGACUCACAUAUAUUUUGUAUGUUAUGUAUAUUACACACUGUAUCCUCACAAUCGGGUGAGCUAGAGAAAAGAAAAUGUUAUUAAAAUUAGUAGGAAGAGAAAAUACAUUUACAACACCCUACUAUAUUUAACCCUGCACAGUUCAAACCUGUGUUGUUCAAGGGUCCACUGUGUUUCUAAACCUAUCUGUAUCUUACAAAAUAUUUAAAAACUCCUAUAGUAUAGAGUAACCACUAUGACAUAGCAGAAUUCCAGAGCAGACCUAAGAAGCUCUGAGUCCAGUUUCUGUUCUGCUACUGACUUCCUAUGUAAAUCUGAACAAGUUACCUAAUUUUCUAGUACCUGGUUUACUCAACAAUCAAAUAGAUAUUACGGUAUGUAAUAGUGAUUUUCUAACUCACGCGGCUUAUUGAAGUGUUAAGAUGUAAAGGCAUUUUGAAAAAUAAACUUAAGCAAAAAUACAGAACUAAGUUGUUAUUAUAGAAUCAAAUUAGAAUUUCCAAAUCUGAUAUUAAAAAAGAAUAUACUGACAAUUGCAAUUAAAGUAAAUUCUGGACUUAAGUCAACUUUCACUGUUUUAAGGGCUGAUUUUAGUCAUUGAUAUUUUACCUUAAUAUCUGAACACAAGUUUCAGGAUGACUAAUCCAUUUUCAUAAAUAUGGUAGAGGAUUAAUCAGACAAUGAAAUGCUUUUAUUAGCGGGUAUAGUAAAGGAAAGGACACAUAAUAAGACUUUGUGUUCUAAGUUCAGAAUUAUGAGUGGUCUGUGAAAAAAAAAUAGGAAAAACUACAGAGGAGGAAGAUACCUAUUUGGACCUUUAAGACCCCACUGUUUCUCAACACCAUGGACUCUGUCCCUCUGCCCUUUCUUCUUCUAAAAGCGAUGCCCUGAGCUUUCUUAUAACUCCUUGUAAGCUCUCGUGAUAUGAAAGAAAUCUUUAAAAAAAACUUUUUAAUGUUUAUUUGAGAGAAAGAGAGCAGGGGAGGGGCAGAGAGAGAGGGAGACACAGAAUCCGAAGCAGGCUCCAGGCUCCAAACCAUCAUCACAGAGCCCAACGUGGGGCUCGAACCCACAAAACUCUGAGAUCAUGACCUUAACUGAAGUCGGAUGCUUAACUGACUGAGCCACCCAGGCCCCCUGAAAGAAAUCUUUUAAAAAUGUACUUCUCUUGUUCCUGCAGUGUAUGAAAUCUAUGGAUUAAUAAUUACGUUCCCCAGAACAACACUUUAGUAUUCCAUACUGAAGCAGAAAUUGCAAGGGAAGACUGGAUAAUUAACAGGCAGUUAGCAGACCUUAUGGAAAAUUGAUUUGGUGUUAGUUGUAAAAAAUAAAUAAAUAAAUAGCUAGAUAGAUAAAUAGAUCUCUAGAUAAAUACAUAAAUAAGCAACCAGUCAAAACAUACUGUUGAUGUUCUUAGAGGAAAAUGAUUAUACAAAUAAACACAUUCAAUUUUAUACAGAUAAAAUGAAGAGAUAAUAAGUUGAAAUAACUUCCGUGGGAGUAGACCCUUUGAUCCCGAGAAGUUGAACAGUCUUAGGACAUGUAUUCUCCCCAGAAGUGUGAGCUACGUGCCUUGGGUGAUGUCACCAGUGACUGGUAACCACCGCAGUGUAAACACACAGCAGGAAAUAAAUGUGGGUAGGGCAAGGGUCUAGAAGCAUGCCUUCCUCCUAGAAGAAUCAUGCCUUCCAAUGCCAGUGAUUUGUUUGGAUUUUUUUUUUUGAAGGAAGAGACAGGAUGGAGCUCAGCUCUUGCCUUCUGUCACAGAAACCUUUAGUUUCAUAGGGCAGUGUCUUCCCUUGACAAAUGGAUUUCCUCCUUGGCAGUCUCCGUAACACUGAAGUAAGGGGGACUCUUUGCUCUUGCUGUAGUUAUUGGUUGCUCUCCCCAGACUGACAAGCUCCUCUGUGGAUUUGCUAAGAGGAAAGUUUCAAGUUACCAGAAUUAGGCAAGCCCACUGAGAAGCAGGAGGAGGGAGGAGCAGCAGGAGCAAAAGAAGCAGCGCCUUUAAGCACUACAACAGCUGCUCCUCUGAUUGGCUGGAUGGUUCAGCUGCGUCCCUGGAACAAAAGGUCAAAGUGGACUGCAGUGUAAAUGUAGAGAGGCGGCCGAUAAAAUAGCAUUGCUUGAAGAAGUUUGGAGGCUGGGAGCAGCAGCACACUGGCUAACUGCAGAGCAAGUCGCUUCUCCAGCUGUGAGGUGCAGCCUCACCCCCAAGCCCAGCUUAGCCACUGUGAGAAGACGUUUCCUGUAUAGGCGGACCCAAUUGGCGUGGAAGAGACAGUUGUGAGGGUCCCUGGCAAAUUUAUAUACAAGAAUGGCCUGUGAAAUCAUGCCUCUCCAAAGUUCGCAGGAGGAUGAAAGACCUAUGUCACCUUUCUAUUUGAGUACGCAUGUAUCCCAAGUCAGCAAUGUUUCAACAACUGGAGAACUCUUAGAAAGAACCAUCCGGUCAGCCGUAGAGCAGCAUCUUUUUGAUGUUAAUGGCCCUGGAGGCCAAAGUUCAGAGGACUCAGAGUCUGGAACAUCAUCAGCGUCUUCUUCCACAUCUGCCAGACAGCGCCGCCGCCAGUCCAAAGAGCAGGAUGAAGUUCGACGCAGCAGAGAUGUGGGACUUAUCGACAAAGAAAAUAUUCCUUCUGGGUUCAGCAGCCUCGAAGAUUGUAUUUUGAGUGCUCAGGAUGUGGAAAAGUUGUAUGAAAAUACUUCUGGUUGUGUUGGAGAAAGGGGCAAACCUAAACGUCAGAAAUCCAGUUCCAAACUCUCUGAACUCAGUGAAAAUCAAGAUGGUCUUGUGAAUAUGGAAAGCCUCAACUCCACACCAUCUCAUGAGAGGGCUGGACCUGAUGAUGUUGAACUGAUGUCCGAUGAAAGCAAAGAAAAUGAAAAAGACGGCAGACAUACCCAGCAUUUUGAGAACCCCACAAUGAAGAUUCAGGAGCACUCCGGCAUAACUGACACCAAACUGCAGAGGACCCAAGAUGCCGAUGAGCAGCAGGAGAGCUUUGUCUCCGAAGUGCCUGAGCUGGACCUGACUGCAUUGUGUGACGAGAAGAGCUGGGAAGAGCCAGUCCCUACCUUCUCGUGGCAGCAGGAGAACGUGGACUCCGACGAAGCGCACCUCUCCCCGCAGGCUGGGCGCCUGAUUCGUCAGCUCCUGGAUGAGGACAGUGACCCCAUGCUCUCUCCUCGGUUCUACGCUUAUGGGCAGAGUCGGCAAUACCUGGAUGACACAGAAGUGCCUCCUUCUCCCCCAAAUUCCCAUUCUUUCAUGAGGCGACGGAGCUCCUCUCUCGGGUCCUACGAUGAUGAGCAGGAGGACCUGACGCCUGCCCAGCUCACGCGACGGAUUCAGAGCCUUAAAAAGAAGAUCCGAAAGUUUGAAGAUAGAUUUGAAGAAGAGAGGAAGUACAGACCUUCCCACAGUGACAAAGCAGCCAAUCCAGAGGUUCUAAAAUGGACAAAUGACCUUGCCAAAUUCCGGAAACAACUUAAAGAGUCAAAACUAAAGAUAUCUGAAGAGGACCUAACCCCCAGGAUGCGGCAGCGAAGUAACACGCUCCCCAAGAGUUUUGGUUCCCAGCUUGAGAAAGAAGAGGAGAAGAAGCAAGAGCUCAUGGAUAAAGUAAUAAAGCCCAGCGUUGAAGCCACACUGGAAUCCAUCCAGAGGAAGCUCCAGGAGAAGCGGACAGAAACCAGCCGUCCUGAGGACAUUAAGGAUAUGACCAAAGACCAGAUUGCUAAUGAGAAGGUAGCUCUGCAGAAAGCUCUGCUAUAUUAUGAAAGCAUCCAUGGACGGCCGGUAACCAAGAACGAACGUCAGGUCAUGAAGCCGCUGUAUGACAGAUACCGGCUGGUCAAACAGAUCCUGUCCAGAGCCAACACCAUACCCAUCAUUGGAUCCCCCUCCAGCAAGCGGAGAAGCCCUUUGCUGCAGCCAAUUAUUGAGGGCGAAACUGCUUCCUUCUUCAAGGAGAUAAAGGAAGAAGAUGAGGGCUCAGAAGAUGACAGCAACACAAAGCCGGACUUCACAGUCACUCUGAAAACCGAUUUCAGUGCACGUUGCUUCCUGGACCAAUUUGAAGAUGAUGCUGAUGGGUUUAUUUCCCCAAUGGAUGAUAAAAUACCAUCAAAAUGCAACCAAGACACCGGGCUUUCAAACCUCCAUGCUGCUUCAAUACCGGAACUCUUGGAACAUCUUCAGGAAAUGAGAGAACAAAAGAAAAGGAUUCGAAAGAAACUUCGUGAUUUUGAAGACAAUUUUUUCAGACAAAAUGGAAGAAGUGUCCAGAAGGAAGACCGCACUCCUAUGGCUGAAGAAUACAAUGAAUAUAAGCACAUAAAGGCAAAAUUAAGGCUCUUGGAGGUGCUCAUCAGCAAGAGAGACACUGAUUCCAAGUCCAUGUAAGGGGCACAGCCCCAGCCGGCACUAAGGGGGCUGAAGGUGCAGGCUGGACUUGCUACCCGCCUCCCCUGGUAAAUAGCAGCUCUGCGAAACCCGGAAGGCAGCGUGGGAGCUGGACCUCAGAGCACACAGCCCUACUGCCUCGGGCCUUUGGGAUCAGCUCCAGCUUCCAUCGCCUGCCUUAGAAGCUGUCUGCAUGGGAGAGGGCAACUUGCUCCGACUUAAGACUUUUGCAAGGAACAGUCAAGAUCCCACGGGUGCACGUGGAUACUGCAGGGGAAGCUUUACUAACGUUGGCCGUGCUGAAUCACUACGUUGAGACACGCUCAUCUACAGAGAAUAUACACUAUUCUUCCCUGGAUAACUGAGAAACAGGAGACCAUUCUCUGUCUAACUGUGAUGAAAACAAGCUCAGGACUUCCCUCUAGAGAACGAACUCGCUGUGCAGGUCCAUGUUCUCUUUCCCAGGAAAGUGGGAACACGUGCUGGAGCCCUGUUUGCUGCCUGGGCCAUUCUCAUGACCUUUCCACAGAGCUGCGCCUUUCCCCACCCGUGUGGAUCGUGUCCCCUUCAGUUCUCAGGAAGGCGGAAGCUGUACCUGCCCAAAAUGGCAGUGCAGUCAUCUAUUUGAUGGUGUGUUUCUUCAAGACUCCCUCAGCUGGCGAAGCAUUUUGUUUCCUGACUAGGACUGGAUCAUCUGCAGAGGAUGGAGGGAAUGUGGCUAUAUUAAUGUUGAUUUUUAAUUCAGGCAACAGGGUGAAGAGCCUGGAAAAUUCUUUCCUGAACGUGGAUUGCACUUAUCAGUCUCAGAUUUUAACACCAAACACUGAGCAAGGCCAGCAUGCUAUGACAUCCUGUUUGGGGCUUGGUUUCAUUUGACUCUUACCAAACAUAAAAGAUCUUGCUUACUUCUUAGCUUAAGUGUUGAGGAUCAUGAGAGAGAGAAAGAGCGAGCCUGUGUUCUAAACCUUCUGAGUACUUACCAGAGUUUUUUUUUUUUUUUUUUUUUAAGUAAACCUGCACUAAAAUCCCCUGAGGGGUAAAUGUAGCCCUCAGAACUCAGCCCAAGGCAGAAUCUAAAUCACACUAUUUUCAAGAUCAUGUACGUAUAAAGAGGAAAAUAAGGGUGUGUGGUCACUUAUGAUUAUAAUUUUUUUCAAAGACUGUGUCACAAAGCUGUCUAUAUUAGACAUUUGGGGAAGACCAGGGAAUUUAAAGCACCAAACCAUUCAUCUCUCGCUGUGCUGAUGUCACCUUGUGAUUUGUUGUUCCUUUUUAACCUUCUGCGUCUGCACUGAGGAAAGUGAAUUCUGUUUCUGCCUGUCCGUCCAAGGCCUACCUUUGUGCUUUGUGAGGUUGAGGUCAAGUGUCUGCACACCAGCCACUGGUUGCCAAGAGAAGGCACUUCAGCAGGCUCUGCCUUUUAAAGAUCAAGUCGCAGGAUGAACAGGAGAGCAAGGCUGCCCUCCUCUGUUUUGAGAGUUGCUUUCUUAAAGGGUACCAUUUUGUUUUGUUUGAUAAUAAGAAGAAAAUAAAGAGAACGCUAAACUCUAUACAGACCGGUUGUCAGUUUCGAAAUGGGCUCUUGAGAAACUGGUCAGAUUGGAUUUAUAGCAGUGUUUUCCAUUGCUGAGGUGAGGUAGAAGGUGUCAGUUGAAAAUCGUUUUAAGUCAGGAGUGGGGAAAAAGAAUACCUUUAAGUUUGCUCUUAACAAUAAUCAUAUAGAGAAGCAUGAGCUGUGUUUGGAAGUGCCCUGUUUUAAUCCACACAUUUAAAGACGGUACAUAUUCCUACAAAUUUAAAUGUACAUGAAUAUAUAGUUUGGUAUUCUUUGCUCUACUGUUUACAUUACAGAUCACUAUAAUUUCAAGGAGUUAUAUUAUAAAUAAAAUUAAGCACUUUAGGAUGUUUUCUAUUUUUGAAAUCUGAACAUGAAUCAUUCACAUGACCAAAAAUCAUAUUUUUUAAGGAAAUACAUGUCUAGUGUGUCCUUUUUAAGUAAUUAUUCUCUUAAAUAAGCUAUAAUAUAAAUCAAAUCAUUACCAGUUAACCUUUAAAGCACAUCUGUUGAAGAGUAUUGUUUUGAAAAUACUAAUAUGCUACACACAGAAUUUUAAAAGAAAAAUGCUAUAUAAAUGAGAAGCUACUAAAUGUUUGAAAUCUGUUGUUUCUGCCAAAGGUAAAUUAAGUAAAAGACUUAUCCAGGACUCCCCAUUCAAAUUUGUAUGAUGAAUAAAAGAAAACACCAAGUUAUAGUCAAAUAAAUUGUGCAUGGUAUGUUGUGUUUUCCUUUGUAAUUUCUCAUCUGUAUACUUCCUAGAAUGGCGCCCACAUUAAAGGCGGAAAAGCCCUGUUUACACAAGACCCUAUUUGAAGACCUGGCAGUGGGUUUUGGCUCUGCCAGAAAGGCUGAGGCAAAUUUGUUUCCACAGCAACCAUUUCUGCAGCCCAGGGUCUCAUGGCCCUAGAGGCAGUGUCUUAAUUGGCUUCACACAGAAUACUCUGGACUGGGGUUUUUCCUGUGCUCUCUUGGGAAUGUGUGUGUGUUUAUUAGCACAUGCCAACAAAACAAAUGCCGAGGGUUAUUUAAUAGCAAUGAUAAGUAAAGGUAAAGCGUGAAUAAACUUGAUGGUAUGAUUGUAAGAAUGAGAAAUAACAGAGGCUUGUAAUUUUCACACACGCAUUUGCUUUUUAUCGUGUUCAGUCUGGAGUAAACAUUGAAAUAGAUGUUUAUAUUCAGUACGGUAUCAUGACUGCAUUUCAUCUCUGCAUCAUUUGGUUCAAAUCUCACUUUGCAGACAUGUUUGUGCAGGGUUUAGGAUCAGGGCCUGCUGAGUUUUUCAGACAGCAUGUUUGUCUUAAACUGGUAGAAGAAAGCUCACACAAUGUCAGUGAUCUCCCAAUUCAGGGGAAAUUUCCAUCGAAGACCAAACCAAAUUUCAAGCUGGGGAACUAAUUUUUUUGAAUUGCUAGCUAUAAGAACGCAUUGAGAGCUAAAAAUUAGAUUUCUUGCCUUUCGUUGACAGUUUGAAAUCUAAAUGUUAUUAUUUAUUGCCUAGGCAGGGCUCAGCCACGUCUCUUGUUUGUGACAUUGGUGUCAUUUUUGCGUUGUCUCAUUGUGAUGCAAUUCUUGCGUGGUGGCUGAAGAGGCUCUUGCAGGGCGUGCCUGCUCCCAGGUGUAGCAUUUCUGGACAAAUGCCGCAGGGCUGUGCUUGAAGCAUAAAUGUUGCACUGAGAUGUCCUGAGGCCAGCAGUCUUGGAGCCCCUGGGGGCUGAGCAUUUGUUAAUGUGGUUGAGCUUAGAAUUCCUAAUAAGCCGAAUAUUUAGGUUUAUAAAAGGGGCAGUCGUGGUGCCAAUUAGGUUGGUUCUUUCUGGAACUUCUUAGUUCCCAGCAGACAGAAUUGGGCCCAGUAUCCAGAAAUGAUCAGAUUUACAAGGUAAAUCAAAUUUCAGUUGGUUGAUGAACUUUUUAAGAGAUUCUUAAUCUGAUAAUGAAGAUACCGCUUUUCUUAACAGUAAGACCUUACUACUUUUGAUGGUAUAUUUGUAUUUGAGUACCAUAAACUAUUAACCGCUUUAUGAAAAGUUGGUUGUAGUCUAAAUUCUGUUUUGAUUUCAAGAAGAAUCCUCCUGACACACUGCUUCCUGGAUUUUUUUUUCCCCACCCCUAGGUGGAGAGAGGUGGUUUCUGCCUCAUGAUCAACAUCUCCUUGAUGUUCUUUUCAGUAUCCACUUGGUUACGUCGACAGGGGGAGACAAAACUGUACUCAAAUGUGAAGCAGUGUUUCUUCUGAAGCACAUUGUGUGUGGCAGAACUCAGUGUGCUUUGUUUUCUUUUAUUCCCUUCUUUUAUGUUUUCUCCACUUGACCCUCAAAAUGUACUCAAGUACAUUUUGAUGUAAGACUAGCUAAACAUAUUUUCGAGUGUUCAUUCAAAUUGUGCACACUCACACCUUGCAUGGUGGCCAACCUGGCACACUCCAAACAAGAAUGAUCUAUAUGUCAGGCACUGCACUGGGGCACUGGCCAUUUUGCAGAAUCCAGAGUGUGCCCCUGUGGGUGCCUGCAUUCUUCUACCACGAUCCUUCAUACUAGAUGUACAUAGGCUGAGGUCAAUUACCGAUGUACACAAAAAUGUUUGUAAAAUGAAAUCUGUACACCUACAAGUUCAUGUGGCUGGGAAGCUGCAGUUAUGUCUCUAGAGACUCUCAUUUUGCCUGGAACCCAGCCUGUUGUGGUCAUGCUCGCGUCUUGAGAAAUGGGUUUGGCAGAUCUCUUUCUCAGUCUGAAAGCACCUCUACAUACGGUCAUGCAAAUCUCCAAGAGUAGAUACAAUUUUAGUUACUAAUAUGGGCCCAGAACAAUGUUUACACGACAUAUAAGCAGAAAGUAUUUGAAAUUACAGUUGUCCUUUUUUAAAAUGUAAACUGAAUGAAAAACGUUAUGUACAUUUUUGUACAUGACUGUAUUUUGUGUAAACUUAAAUAAAAUAUUUUUAACUGUGAA